GCUUCUCAACCUGGGGAAGGCAACACUGGCUGGAGGGUGUGACUCAGAACUUUGUAAAUCGUGCAUCUUUUCUCCAUAAGACAUCUUUUUACUUAAUUUCCAAUAAAUGAUGUAUUUGUGUUAUACUUGUGUACUACUAUAGUAAAUAUUAGCUUGAUUUCUUAUUUUAAACAUUGAGCAGACAGAUAUUUUCCUCCCAUACCUUAAUGGAUUGUGUUGCUCAUGUCCCUCUUGGCAUCCAUUUCCUAGAGCUUCAUAGACAUCUUUAUACCCGAGCACUCCCUCCUGUGAACCCUUCUCUUAUUUUCCCUUUUGACCUAUAUCUUACCUGGAGGCAUCCUCUGUCUCCUACCCUUUGUUUUGGACAUUCCAUCAUUGCCAGCCACAGAACCCUGCCUAUGCUCACAUCUAGGUCUCUCCACCAUCUGGACAAAUUGCUUCUCUAAACCCUGAUUUCCCUGCAUGUAAAAUAAGGAUCAUAAUAGAUCCACCUUCUGGGAUUACUGUGGAGAUUAAAUGAGGUAAUCAAGAACAACAGGCCUCAUCGAAGAUAGAACAUGAAUGGUGGCCUUCGCUGUUCUGCUGGAUUUGCCCUGACCUGAGCGAUGCCCUCCAGCCACUUGGCCAUUUGGGUUCUUGGCUCCGCCCCUGGGCCCCUGCGGCGGCCCCGCCUUUGUGACGUAGGGCCUCACCUGCACUCUUGCGCGCCAGCCCGUGCCACCACCGCUGUCUGUGGCUUGGCCGGUUAGAGGCCAGGAAACACGGUCGGAUCUUCCGGGGCCAUGACAAAACUGUCUGAUGGCCUCCUUCUCUCUCUCCUGAAGGGUGAGAGGUUCCCACCUGUUCUAAUAGCGUGGUCCUCCCUGAGCUCAGCCCUCACCCUCUACUGCCUGAGAGUCAUUUUUUUUAUGAUUUCUGAGAUGCUUUAUCAUGGUGAUUUGAGUCCGCUCCCUUGCUUCUGACAUCCUUCCUGAUCUCCCCCCUGUCUCUAGAAUUUCCUUAACCUUCUCCGUGGGGACCACCCGCAGGAACAUCCCGGUUCCUAAUUUUGCCUGGGUCUGGAGCGGGUUUGGGGUUGCUGUGUGUCCAACGAUGUUACCCUACUCCUCAGUGCUGCUCCUGCCUCUGGCACCUGCCCCAGCCCAGGAGUCAACUUCAGCCUCUACUCCAGGCAGUCCUCUCUCCCCCAGCGAAUAUGAACGCUUCUUUGCUCUGCUGACCCCAACCUGGAAGGCAGAGACUACCUGCCGUCUUCGUGCGACCCAUGGCUGCCGAAACCCCACUCUGGUCCAGCUGGAUCAAUAUGAAAACCACGGCUUGGUGCCGGAUGGCGCGGUCUGCUCCGACCUUCCUUAUGCCUCCUGGUUUGAGUCGUUCUGCCAGUUUACUCAGUAUCGCUGCUCCAACCAUGUCUACUAUGCCAAGAGAGUUCGGUGUUCCCAGCCAGUAUCCAUUCUCUCACCUAAUACUUACAAGGAGGUAGAGGUUGCAGCAGAAGUCGCACCCACCACCAUGACCUCCCCAUUUUUAUCUCAUAUCACAGCCACAGAACGGCAGGCCUUCCAGCCCUGGCCUGAGCGGCUGAACAACAAUGUGGAGGAGCUGCUCCAAUCCUCCUUGUCCCUGGGAGGCCAAGAGCAACUGCCUGAUCACAAGCAGGAACACAGACUGGAGCAACACAAAAAAGAGCAAAUGCAAGAACAAAAGCAGGAGGAAGAGCAGGAGCAAGAAGAGCAAGAGGAGGAACAAGAGGAGGAGGGAAAGCAGGAAGAGGAGCAGGGGACAGAAGAGGGACUUGAGACAGUGUCUAGUUUGCAGGCUAAUGCAGAGGCUAAGUUUCUGUCUGAAUCUUUGUCUUCCAACCCUUCCUCCUUUACUCCCCGAGUCCGAGAAGCAGAACCUGCUCCUGUCAUGGAGAACACCCAAGAGGUCACUCAAUCAGCACAAGAAAUAGAUGAAAUGAAUGAAAUAUAUGAUGAGGAUGUCUACUGGAGCAGAAGUCAAAACCCUGGCAGCCUCCUGCAACUACCCCACGCAGAGUCCUUGCUGAUAUUGUGCUAUUCAAUUGUGGAGAAUACCUGCAUCAUGACCCCCACAGCCAAGGCCUGGAAGUACCUAGAGGAGGAGAUCCUUGGUUUCGGGAAGACGGUCUGUGACAGUCUUGGGCGGCGACAUACAUCUAUCUGUCCCCUCUGUGCCUUCUGCUCCCUGAAGCUGGAGCAGUGCUACUCAGAGAACAACCUGCGGCGGCAAGAAUGUGACACUUCCCACAAGACACCCUUCCUCAGCCCCUUGCUCACAGCCCAGGGCGUGUCUGUCGGCACCCAGGUAGGGUCCCCAGAAGCAGGCCGCUUUUAUGGGCUGGAAUUGUAUGGUGGGCUCCGCAUGGACUUCUGGUGUGCCCGGCUUGCCACAAAGGGCUGUGAAGAUGUCAGAGUCUCCAGCUGGCUCCAGACUGAGUUCCUUAGCUUCCAUGAUGGGGAUUUCCCCACCAAGGUUUGUGACACAGACUAUGUCCAGUAUCCAAACUACUGUUCCUUCAAAAGCCAGCAAUGUCUGAUGAGAAACCAGAAUCGGAAGGUAUCCCGCACAAGAUGUCUGCAGAAUGAAACUUACACUGUUUUAUCCCUGACCAAAAGUGAGGACCUUGUGCUUCGAUGGAGCCAGGAGUUCAGCACCUUGACUCUAGGCCAAGUUGGAUGAGCUG